UGGCGCACUCACACACACGAGUGGAAAAACAGAACGCAACGAUCGUCUGAUCGCAGCACGCACGUACAUGAGAGAACACGACAUUUCUUCCAGGUUUUUUAGCUUCCAAAUCUUGGAAUUUUACUUUCAUCCAUCAUGGCAGCGGUGGCUAUGACGAAUAUAACGCAACUACUUCAAGCUGCAGAAUUCCUGGAGAGGAGGGAAAGGGAGCACGGGUAUGCAUCUACAAUGCCAUACAACCCCGAAUCUUCGAGAAGGAAACUCAACAAAGUAAAGAGGCUUCAUUCGAACAGUCGGUCGUCACACAAUGAACUAGAGAAAAAUAGGAGAGCGCACUUGCGAAACUGUCUUGAAAGGCUAAAAGAAAUUGUCCCCCUGACGACAGAGUCGGCACGCCACACCACAUUGGGGUUACUAACUAAUGCCAAGGAUUUCAUUGCAAAUCUAGAGAGGGAAGAGCGAAAGUACCAGUUACACAAAGACAAACUAGCCAGGGAACAAAGAUUCCUGAAGAGGAGAUUGGACCAGUUGAGUGUGGGACCGGGAAGGCACAAGAUCAGACAAGACAGUACCGGCAGCUCAUCGUUAAUGUCCGACGAUUCAGAAAAAGACGACGUCGACGUUAUUGGGUACAACAGCGACAGUGACUUGAGCAGUUCAUCUGAAAUGACAGGGAGUGAUGGUGGCCUUGCAGUGAGUACCGUGAAGGAAAUCAUCAUUGUGGAACAAACCCUCUGAGGAGCUUUUACGAAUAUUCAAGCCAGUCAGGUCACGACCAUGAAUAUUCAUGCCAAAGGUCACAGACUUAUCCAAUGAUUGUUCACCACCACGUGACCGGAUUUUCAUGAAUAUUCAGGUCCUGGCAGCCAUGUUACAAGAGAGUCUGGGAUAGGUGUAUGGUCCAAACCCCUUGCGAGGUCAUCAGCCUUACAUGAAUAUUCAUCGGCCAGUGAUGAGAUCACAUUCCUGGAUAUAAAUAUGCAGUGAUCACAUCUGAAUAUUCAUGUUUUGGCAGCCAUAGUUAAGAGAGUCUAGGAUGGGUGUAUGGUAGACUGUGAAGCACAGAGCAAGCAUUAAGAAAGGUAAACCAAUAUUCACCUCAAAUCAACAAUGUUCAUCUCUUUCUGAUUGAUAUUUAUUUUAUUUAUGUACUUUUUAAUGAAUUGCAAUGAUCUCCAGGAGAAAAUAGCUUCUAUGCACAAUAGAGACUAGUUCCAGACAAUGUGUAAAUACAUGUAUCAUUCCUGAGUUGAUAAUCGGGUGAGAAAGCAUUGCAAGGACAUCAGGAUGAAUACAAACACAAACAGGACAGGAUUUGCCCCACACCUCUCCACACAGAGUGGUGCAGACGCUAUUUAUUUAUGAGUUCAGAGGGCCAGCGUUAUCACCCAAAGUGACAUCACAUGAUGGGGUCCACCGUGUAAGGACACUGUCACAUGUUAGAUUCAGGAGUUGAUAGUGGAAUCUCUCCACUUGCCAACCCCUUGAGGGUCUGGGAACUCUACAGAGCAUGCUCAGUACAGCUCCCUGAACCAUGCCUGGGAAGACCUUUGUAACAACUGCAGCGUGUAAUGAGUUGAAGCCAGACUGUCGCUGUGUGUGUACAAGGGAUGGGGGAUAAUUACACCCGCGUCACCAAAAAAAAAAAUGAAAUCAUUAUUGGAACGUUUGUGGGGGUGGAAGCAAGGAUUUAGUGGACACGAUUUGUGAGGUGUUCAGGUUUUACAACCUGACUUGCAUUGUGAAAAACAGCUGAUCAAAAUUGGAUCUGCCCAGCCAGAAAAUUGGACUGCCUGUUCCAAGGCUUUGAAAAAAGAAGAAAAUAAAAUUGAUCACUUCCCUUGGAACUUUGCCUAAAUCUAGAAGCAACCUUGCAUUGAAAACUGGAUGCGCAUUGUUAUCAAUCUCGUAAAAAGUCUAAUACCUGGAAAUGAACAGAUGAAUGUUGGAAACGAUAUUGGCAUGUAGCCAACCGUGUAAGUCACCAACUAUGCACAGGUGGCAUUCUUGGCAGAUUUCCAAAAUUGAAAAAACAGUUGAACUGUAAGUACGAAAAAACGUGAUCAAUUGCAUUGUACAAUUGCAAGGUGUUUUUGAAAUACAGGAUAGUUCACAUGCGUUAGCAUUCAUUGCAUCAUUUACUACCAGAUUUGGGCUUACGAGCACACAGCAUCGAUAGACCAAGGAAGUAUUCACAAUCGUGUUUUUGACCAGUAGUACCCUUUCUCUCUGGGCUCCCCCCCCCCCCCCCCCCCCACUGGUUUGGUCAAUGGCACAUGACAAUGGCCAUUACCCGGUCGGUGCCUUUGUAUCUCUCCCCAUGGCCAAACCCAGGGAGUGUACUCAUUACACGAUAGUGUCAUCUCUAUUUAUACCGGUUUAGGGUCCUGUUUGUCGCACCAUAAAAAACGUGGUUCUCCUUGGGCAGUAAAGCUGGCUGGCAUCAAAUAAUAUGUCUACUUAUACGCAGAGGAAACUGCUGUCUGUAACAACAUUCUCAAUAUUCUGUGAUGUCUUGUUUCAUCCUGAUAUGAAUUUGACGUUCCCGUGUUGUAAUUCUUUCUCACCGAAUUGGCAAAGUAGAAAAAAUACCUAUAACCUUUGCUUUUUUUAACAAUUGAGUAUUAUUUUCAAGUUGGGCUUAAAAGCCUUUUUUUCCCUCAAUAAUUUAAUAAUAGUAUAACUUCAAAAGUAUAAUUUUUGUUUGUUUAUAUAUUUGCUUAUAUUUAGGAUUGGGUUUUACCCUCAAUCUAACAUCGUUGAACCAUUCCAGUUUCGGAAAGCUCACUGAACAUUUUUUUUCCUCUCAAAAACAACAAACUAAAGAAACAAAACUGAAGAUUUUGAAAAUAAAUUAAAUCCAAAAGCAGGACUUGCUAAUUAGUAUUUAAGAAUAUGGCAGCUGGAACUGCUAAAAGCCUCCGGACUUUCCGAAACCUCACACAUUGGUCAGUGGCACGAGUAAGACUGAUACAAAAUCUGUUAAUUCACAGCGAUAUAUUGGCGACUAUCCAAUUCGUGUUAAUGAACACGUUGUGUCCGACCGCAACUUCAGGACAUAAAAGUGCAGAUAAGAUGCUUCUGACAGGCUUAAUCCAGCUGUCGCAUGCAGGAUCAUGUACUUGGAAUAAAUUGCAACUGACCCCGGUCGUUUUUUUUGGUCUUGUAUCCAUGGCACGGGCAUCAAGUGUCAUCCCCAUGGAUAUGGCACCAUACCGUUGGUCACUACCAUUGAUUAACUCCAUUUCUCAGGAUUUGUGCCGCGGCUAGUGGUAAAAAAUCCGCAGGUAACUUUCAACAAUGGGGAUGGAUUAAUUUAGGGGCGUUGCCGUGACAAAUGCUGUCGAUCGUCACAGUGGCAGGGAAACGACAUUCAAAAUUGUGCAUGCAUGAUAUAACUAGUGAUUUCGCUGGAAUCUACUAUGCGUACGAUUUUAUUCCCUUUGCCAGGUACAAUCGCUAGCAUUGUUACCGCAAUUCCACCUCAGACUUUGGGGGAAAAAAAUGAUGCUUGCUCUGUGUAUUUCACGGUACAUCAUAUACAAGAGAUCAACAAAGACCUCAGUGUGUUCUGAAUGCCUAGCUUUAUCAAAUGCUGCAUUAUUACGUCUUUGUAAAAGACCUAGAGGCACACACAGUCAAUUCAUUGUUUACCAAAAGAAAUGGAGAAUUUAACUUUUCAUUUGUCAAACCUCAUUUUUCUUGUCCGUAUUUUUAUUUGCGCCAAUCCAUUUGCCAAACAGGUUUGGGACCGUACUCACUGUACAUUCUGGUAUUUUUUUGGUCUUUGAAGUUCCCCUUUGAAAGAAGAUAUUUGUUUUGGUUGUGAGUUAGGAGGCAGUCCAUUUUUAAAAACCUUUAAAAAGUCAUGAUUUGUUUGCUCGUCGGUAUGUGUGUGUAAACGCUUUUAAGCCUAGAUGUGUUACAAAUGGCAGAAACUUCCUCAACAACGUUUUGACUCGAGCUUUUAAAUAGUAAUAAUUUUUUAUGAAACUUAGUAUUUAUUUUAAAACAACAUGCAUGCUGUUUAUAAUGGUGUGCAGUGCACAUAAAAACAAUGAGCACAGAAACUGUUUUGAGUUAUUUCUUAAUUUUAAAUUUUAAUGAAACCUCUGCUUUUAAACAUUUCUUUUAAAUGGUACACGUACCUUGAUUUGCACGAAAACCCUGAACGAACACAAAGCAGCUUUUUGUAAGGACCGGUUUUACGUUUAUGCAAACUGAAUAUAGCAUGUGCGUAAUACUUGGAAUGCUGAUGGUUGAGGGAGCUUUUUAGUCCGCAAUAUUGGAAGCGUUAUUUACUAACGGUCAGUUGUUGAGCCGUCAUUAUGACUCAUCUAGAGUUGACUGGCCAUUUCGCUUGAUCGUUACUGCAGACCGUCUCGCUCCCUCGCUAACCAUCCAUUGAUCCGCACAUGCUACCCUGGAGGGCACGCGACCAAUUCUGUAGAGCUGCCAGGCAGAAAUAUCGCUCACCAUUUAUUAUGAGCUUGGCAGAGUACCAGUUACAGCCCAGUAUGUCUCUAUGCAAUUUCGGCUGGUAACCAAACCGAUGCCAAACAAAACUGUUGCACUUGCAAAAUAUUUGCGAGGGAGCAGUUCCGCAGAAUUGGCCCCGUGGGAAAACAAUUAAUUGUUUUUACCGGUUCCUUUGAUGAAAACCUCUUUUACUGUUUGCAGCGAGCAAACGAUAAACGCAACUGAUACUUAUUUCAAAAAUAGAACAUGCAUAUUUUCUUGUGUUUUGUUUUUGUAAGAAAUAUAUAUAUAUUCUGGUUAAAGUUCUACUUAGGGGGUAACAGAUUAACCAAAGCAACUUCACUAUAAAAUUUUACUUACUAUUAGACAAUGGCACACAUUCAGAUUUCUUAAAUUAAAAAAACAAUACCAAGUGUCUGAUUAAAAAUAAUAUUUUA